CACGAUGUGUUCACUUGGAGUCGUUUCUGAACAGAUAUCACACAAUUCGAUUUUCUAUUCGUUGGAGAUAUUUUCAUCUGAAUGUCAAUAAUCAAUUUGAAAGAAGGAAACGACAAAUAAAACUAGCAAACAUGAUGUUCACGUUCUCACUCUGGAUAAUUUCCCUUGUGAGUUUCUCGCUUUUCCGUCCCAGCAAAGGAGCUGAAUGCAUUUCCAGUUUCAAUGAUAUUUACGAAGCCAAAAAUACCGCCACCAACACCAACGUACAUAUGGCGGUUGUCACGUAUCGCAUACAUCAAUUGGAGAAUACUUCAAUCUAUAUAUUUGCGCAUGACAGAGAUCCCGAUGCAUACGACCAAGUUCUAGUCGAUAUUUCGGUUCGUGUGGCAAGUAAUAGCAAGAAAAAAAUCUCACUGGAAUUGAUGUACAACGGCAAAGUCGAAGCAUCGAAGACCCUUUCCUCCAAAGGAUUUGGAUACCAAAAAUUUUCCACUGUCACCUGGCGAAGCGUCCCCUUGGAAACUAUUCAUACGAUAGAUUUUCGUUCUUACAAGGCAACACAAAUUUCUGUGCCAUUGGCGUGAUUUUCAGUGGCGAGGCAAUGCCGACGCCAGCACCUUUCCUAGCCCCAAUUUCAAAAACUCCGUCCGAGCCUAUUCACAAAACUCCGCCUAUUACUUGGGCGGCAUUGGACUAUGAUAUUGUCUAUGAGCGAUCUCCUGAUAUUUCUGACGGAAAUUGUAUUAAUCGUGGUGACGGCGUCGAUGCACAGCGCACUUCUGACAGUAUUUGUAUCAAUCGAGACAACAGUAAUUGUAAUAUUGGGUGGUGGGAUCGUGAUGAAUAUUUGAUCUAUCGGUUUAAUAUCUCUCAAGAUGGAGAAGGAAAUUACAACAUUCGUGCCCGUGCUGCGACGAGUAGGAGCGACAGAUACAUUCACAUGGACAUUUUCUGCUUCAAUGAGAGACGAUCUUGUCAACAAGAUGUCAUAUGAUCUUGAAUCAUCGUUGCUCUGUGAUCUAGUAGACAAGGAAUUUGCGGUUCGCUUUGUAUGUAGUAACCUUCCUACUUUCCCUACGUGUGGUGAUGAUUUCGUUCUGUACCAAGACGAGGACUUGCUGCUGCGAAGACCUAGCUUUGACGAUGUGAACGAUGCAGAUAAUGUACUAGGCGGAAACAAAAGUCGGCCGCGACAGUGUGUGUCGAAAUUUUUAGCAACCAAGUGCGGUGCCCAUUGUGAUGGCCUAAUACGAUUGUUUUCAUCCGUCGAAAGAGCUGUUACUAUCGUUUCAAUAUUGCAAAUUCCGUGACAGUAAGUAUUAAAUGGGGUUGCUUCUUUCGAGGACGAAGUUUGAAUACAACAACAUACAGUACAAUAAUAUGAGAACACUCUUUCCCUCCAUGAAACUCACAAACGUUGAACUACGUUAUGCAUUUAUAUCAUUUUGACUAUUUUCGUACUUUGUUUUAUAUCACUUUCAGAUAGAAACACACAGUUUUCUUAUUGACCAUUACAAGUUCAUCGAUGGGUUUUGCACUUCUGAAGUCAGUGCCUGUAUCAAUCCUUAUUUCUACGAGAGGAUUGUCAUCUUUUUUGAUUGUAUCUUCACCAACAGAUGUUUACCUCAUCGAUGCGAUACAAAUGAUAGCUGAGGAUGAACCAUCGAUGAAACUGAGGAUUGUCUCUACUACAGUAACAACUGCGACACCGUUAUUCUGGACCAAGUCAGUUAGUUGUUGAAAGAAAGCUAGGAUAAGCAAAAAGAUCGUGGGAACUGUAACGUACCCUAUAAGUACUCGUACAGAACGAGCCAAAAAACAAUUCUCAGGUUUUUGCAGGACGAAAUUGAAAUGAUGUGAUUGAUGCACUCCAAAGAUACCGUGCAUGAAACACACUUGAAGCACGACUCGAGGACUACGGAGAAAACUUCUUGAGACAGAUUACAGUAAGUUGUUACUGUAUUGAAGUAUUGUUUUUUAUUUAAGCAAUCUCUGUUUAAAAACAUUUCGGAGAGGUGCUACUACGUACGAGUACGCAAGGUACAGUACGGAAUACGGACCGGCGAGUUACAGUCCACAUUACAACAACUAAAGAUAUUUCUGUAUC